AUGGCUUUUAACAUCAACUCGCUUCUCAACCCCGAGGGAUCCAUCAACCAGGAGACCGAGGUCCGCAAGAUACUUAGCAAAGCAUAUGCCGACUGCGAGAAGACACUACCGAAGCAAAGCCCAAAGGAAGGCGCGCUAGCAUACUUUAGCAAUGUCCUCAUCCACAUCACUGAAGUCUUGUAUAAGAACUUUACGGACGAGCUCCUGGACGAAGAACGCUUGAACUCGACAGGCCACACCAUCGUCAAUCAGGCAUACCGCGCUAAUGGAUUCAACGACAUGGGAAUCCUCGAGUUCCACACCAGGAAACGCAAAAUGCUCAGGAGUAUGAAGGAGGCGGUCGAUGCUAACGCAGCCACCCUGAAGAAUAUCAGAGAGUGCGCUUCUCCUGUCCAAGAGAAACGCCCUCUAGAGCUCAACCAGCACGCAUUCUUCUCAGAAUCAAGUUCCAGAUCAUCGUUUUCCUAUUCGGCAUCGUCAUCCGGGGCGGUAUUUUCCGCAGUCGGCUCACAGGCAUCCCUUUCAGAUGGUUCGCACACAUACCGCCAGUCUGACCGGUACCGUCGGUCAUCCACCCCCGCUUCCCCUCAAGACGACGACGGUGGCGGCAAUGAAGAUGCCGGCGAUGAUGACGAAGACGACGAUGACGACACAACGAUGGGCGACGGUAGCGUGGACGGCGCAAGAACAGGUACCAAUGUAGACAUGGAUUCCUUGAGGCACAGAGGAAAAGGUCAUUACAUAUGUCCCCAUUGGCAAACAUGUCAAAAAGGAGGCCAAGAUCACAAGGGUGGACCCAAGAUCUUCUACCGCAACUGCAUGUACAGGUAA